AUGGGCGGAGCUGGCGGUAAAACUUACAUGGGCUGGUGGGGUAACAUGGGUGGUCCCACUCAAAGAGGUGUCGUCACUUACAUCCUUUCCCCCUUCGAACAAAGAGCUUUUGCUGGUGUUAUGUACAACGCCGUUUUCAACACUGCUCGUCGCACUUUAUCUCAGGUGCCUUACGUCGGUACUGCAUUCGCUCUCGGUUACUACAUCUACAGCUCGGCUAACGCUAAGCAUGCCUACCUUACCUCCAAGGCUGGCCAUGCCGCCGAAGGCGAACACUAA